AUGUGGCUCUUGGUCGUCUUGGCGUGCUUGGUGAUUUGGGCAGGGGGGACCUACUGGUAUUUGUUCGGGAAGCCCAGUCCUUUCUCCCUGGACUCGGUCAGGCCUCCUGGACCUCGAGAGUUUGACCAGAAAAAGAGGGACAAAGUCAUCAAGCAAGGUUUCAGCGCUGACAAGGUGCCCGAGAACCUGGACGUCAUAGUGAUCGGCAGCGGAAUCGGCGGGCUGGCGGCGGGCGCCACCUUGGCCAAGGCGGGCAAGAAGGUUCUGGUUCUGGAGCAGCACGACCAGGCGGGCGGCUGCUGUCACACCUACGUGGAGAAAGGCUUCGAGUUUGACGUUGGCCUCCACUACGUCGGCCAGCUUCAUGAGAACAGCCUCCUCCGCAUUAUCUUUGACCAGCUGUCUGAGGGACAGCUGGAGUUCCAGGAGCUGAACCAACACUUUGACACCAUCCAGAUCGGCCUGGGGGACGACAAGCGGGAGUACAGCAUCUUCUCCGGGAAAACGGAAAUGAAGGCUCACCUCUUGAAGCAAUUCCCAGACGACACCGAGGCCAUCGAGAGCUUCUUCCAGAUCAUGAAGGUCUCAGCCAAGAAGACUCACUACCUGGCGACCCUCAAGCUCCUCCCACAGUGGCUGUCCUUGUUCCUGUUGAAGUCAGGAAUCGCAGACGCGGCCUCGUCGGUUUUCCGCCUCUCUGGAACGUGUGCCACGGACUUGGCGAACAAGCUGACCGCCAACAAAGACCUCCACGUCAUCUUUUCCUACCUAUUCUACGGCGUGCCUCCAAAGGACUCCAGUAUCCUGAUCAACGCCCUCCUGGUCCACCACUACAAGCGAGGUGCGUACUACCCCAAAGGUGGCGGUAGCGAGAUCGCCUUCAAUAUCAUCCGCACCAUCCAGAAACACGGGGGCACCUGCCUGGUCAGAGCUCCGGUCUCCCAGGUCCUGGUGGACCACAAGGGGGUGGCGUACGGGGUGACGGUGAGGAAAGGCGGGAAGGACGUGGAGGUCCAUGCUCCUGUGGUGGUCUCCAACUGCGGCAUCUUCACCACCUUCCAGAAACUUCUUCCUCCUGAGAUACAAGUCAAACCAGACAUCCAGGAGAGGUUGAACAUGAUGAAACACGGCAGAGGUUCCUUCUUGGUCUUCUCUGGUUUCGAUGGCACUGAAGAAGAACUGGGUCUAGUUUCCACCAACUUCUGGCUCUUCAAAAACAACGACAUGGACAAAUCGAUGGAGGAGUUUUUUGCUCUGAGCAAAGACGAAGCGCCGGACAACAUUCCCAUGAUGUUCAUCACCAUGCCCUCAGCCAAAGACCCGGAAGCCAAGAUCCGCCACCCUGGGAAGUCCUGCAUGACCAUCCUGACCAUGGUGAAGUACGAGUGGUUCCAGGAGUGGACCGACACCGCCGUACGCCGUCGGGGUGACGACUACUUCAACUACAAGAUGAGAUUCGCCAACAAACUCUUCGACUGGGCCUGUCAGCUCUUCCCCAACAUCCGAGACAAGCUGGUCUUCCAGGACGUGGCCACGCCCCUCACCAACAUGCACUACCUGGGCUCCCAGCGCGGCGCCAUGUACUCCGCCGAACACAACCUGGAGCGCUUCCAAGCCGAGGCGGUGGCGAGGAACCGGUGUCACACCCCCGUCAAGAACCUCUUCCUCUCCGGCCAGGACGUGUUCAGCUGCGGCAUCGCCGGAGCGCUGCACGGCGGGAUCCUCUGCGCCUCGGCCGUGCUGGACCGCAUCGUCUACGUGGACCUGCUCUUCCUCAAGAAGAAGCUGAAGAGGCAGAAGGCCAAGGAGCUGGCCCAGCUGGCCCAGAAGAAGCUGCAGUGAGACGACUCUGCCUCCAAAACGACUCUUUUUCAGGCCCAUGGAAAACAAACGGUGAGCCGCAAGUGGACCCGUACCGCACGUUGCACACCACUAUGACCUUUUCUUCUCGCCAAAUUCAUCAUCCACAAUUUCAUUGCAUUGUAUACAAAUAAUU